CCUCUCCUCUCCUCUCCUCUCCUCUCCUCUCCUCUCCUCUCCUCUCCUCUCCUCUCCUCUCCUCUCCUCUCCUCUCCUCUCCUUGCCUGCUAUUUGCCGUAUUCUCCCGCAAAUUCCCAGGUUCCUCAACACUAUUUCUUUCCAGUUCCGUCCUACUCAGAACAGGAGUGGGGAGCGAACAUUGCAUUGUCUCAGGUUCAACCGGAAGCCAGCACCUGCACUCCACAGCAUAAUCCACUUGUGCCUCACUUCACUUCACAACACAACCCACCCCAUCCCAGGAGGAGGACCAGCCAUGGAUACCAAUGGACUUGGAUCUACGCCCUCAGGCAAGGCCGCUAUCACCAAGGUCAUUAACCUGGACUCUGACAGCGAAGUCGAAAUUAUGGACGCGCUCGCGCUCCAGGGGGCGCAACGUGGCACCGUGAACGGCAAUCUCGUGUUAGAGCCUCCCAAAGUCGAAUACGUGGAGUCAGGUGACGAGGGGGACAACGAACUCGAUCUUGGACUCGAUCCCGCCGCCAUGAAAACUGACGACGAGGACGACGAUGGUGAUGCAUGGGACUUGGAGUCUGUUGUCGAGAUCGAGGGCGCGUUGGAGGAGGUCAGUGAUGAGAAUCUGGCUGGUGGUGAUGAUGAAUGUACUUUGAAAGAAGCCGUUGCAUACAGAAAUCUUCUUAGAGACGUCGGGCCUGAGGAGUUCUGUGCUCAGACUGUUGAAGCUGGCAAUGUCACAGCAAAGAAAUUAUUGACAGCAUUCCAUGUUCGGCCUCCCGCGGUACUCGAAGGAUAUGAUGAUGAAUCAUACUACACUCUGCUGGGUCUUGCCAUCAGUCGGGAACUCUCCAAGAGAAUCAAACUUCCACAAUACAAUACGAUCGACGACGCCGUAUCUCUAAUCAAGAAGGCAAGAAAUAUCAUUGUCCUAACUGGCGCUGGAAUCUCAACUUCGCUUGGCAUUCCUGACUUCAGAUCCAAAGACACAGGACUCUACUCCAAGCUCGCACAUCUCGGGCUCAACGACCCCCAAGAAGUCUUCGACAUCUCCAUCUUCCGCGAAGACCCUUCCGUAUUCUUCUCCAUCGCAAAAGACAUCCUCCCCGACACCGAACGCUUCACACCCACCCACGCCUUCAUCCAUCUCCUCCAGCAAAAAGGCAAGCUCCUAACCAACUACUCCCAAAACAUCGACAACAUCGAAUCCGUCGCCGGCAUCCUCCCCGAGAAGCUCAUUCAAUGCCACGGCUCCUUCGCCACAGCAACCUGCCAGCAAUGCGGCUACAAAGUAGACGGCCACCUCAUCUUCCCCGACAUCAGAGCCGGCCGCAUCCCCCACUGCGAUCGCUGCAUCGCACAAGCACGUCGUCUCCGCGCUCCUACGGCGAUGAAGCGCAAACGAUCGAAUCAAGGCCAGGACAAGAAGAAGCGCCGCUUCGAUCUCGACGGUGGAGACAGUUCCGAGGACGACGACUACGAUGAUCCGCAGUCGGGCGUCAUGAAGCCAGACAUCACAUUCUUCGGCGAGGCGCUCCCAGAUCGCUUUUCAGACCGGCUGACAAAACACGAUAAAGCGCUCGUUGAUCUCGUCAUCGUCAUAGGCACUUCAUUGAAAGUCGCUCCCGUGUCAGAAGUAGUGCCCUACCUGCCCUCGCACAUCCCACAGAUGUACAUCUCGCGGACGCCGGUCUCGCAUGUCAAUUUCGAUAUCGACAUGCUUGGUGAUUGCGAUGUUGUGGUUGCGGAGCUGUGUCGACGGGCCGGGUGGGAGCUAAAGCAUGAGAUGUUGCCGGAGGAUCAGCAGGUUGAUGUUACGCUUGAGGAUGGAUAUCCUAGUCGGCAUGUCUUUACCGUUAAAGAGUAAUGAAUGAUAUGACGAAUCAGUGGAGGAGGAUUUAUUCGGGAAGCAGAAACGAUUUCACGUCUUAUGAGAGGCGCAUACGUUACUGUCAUACAUUCUGGCACAUACACACCAAAUUUCAACUUGUUCACACGGACGACACUGGCUUCUACAUCAGCAUCAGAAUCGACAUCAGCAUCAGGGAGCUCAUCACCAGCUCGCUUGCACAGCUACUCAUUUGUUCUCAACAUCCAUCUGUCCAUUUUUUUCUUGCCGGAGGCAUGGCUGGCGUUUAGAGAGCGUUGUCUUGCUUUCCUUCCUUCCUUCCUUCCAUCCUCCAUCAUGGUACUCUCAUAUUGAGCGUUCUUGUUUUCUGUCCUGCCCUGAUCUGCCAUAUUCGCUUUCACUCGCAUGGAUAUUUCUCUCCUUCUGUCGGUCAAAGAGACGACAGGAGGCGGUGUCGGAGAUUGCAAGAUCGUUGUGCUUUUUGGUGAGCUUUUGCUUUUGCCGUUGGCUAGUAGGAUCCUAGUCUUUGAUUUCGCAUACAAUGGUUCUCAUGUUGGGCUCUGCGCUGCUUUAAGUUACUGUGGGGAUGGGAAUUCAUGGCAUGGCAUGGCAUGAACAUUGCGUUUCGUUUGUACAAAUUAGAUAUCUUCGAGACUAAGAGAAAUACAGAGACAGAAAGGUAGCAUGGUAGAAUGACACUCGCGACAUUUUGCAAC